AUGCCGUCAAUGAAACACUAUCGAGUCUUCUGCGAAGGACCCACGUCUCUUGUGAGAUUGACUACUGCCAAGGAAUCUCUCCAUCACCCCACGAUUCGAAAUCUUGCCAUUUUCUCACUCUCUCUCUCUCUCUCUCUCUCUCUCUCUCCCGAUCUCUCCUUCUCUCUCUUUCUCUCUGAAUCUCUUACUGCUCAUAUCUAUCUAUCUAUCUAUCUAUCUAUCUAUCUAUCUAUCUCAAUUCUUUUUCUUUAUGCUUCCUUAUAUUACAUUUUCUUUCAUUCUUUCUAUUUUACUGUAUUUUAUCUCUCAUUCUAUUUCUCUUUUUCUAUCUAUCUAUCUAUCUAUCUAUCUAUCUAUCUAUCUAUCUAUCUAUCUAUCUAUUUGGCCUUACCUUUCUAUAUUCAUUUUCGCUUUUUUCUUUCUUUCUUUCUUUCUCUUUCUUUCUGUCUUUCUUUCUGUCUUUCUUUCUAUUUCAAUGUAUUUUAUCUGUCUGUCCCAUUCUAUUUCUCUUUUUCUAUCUAUCUAUCUAUCUAUUUGGACUUACCUUUCUAUAUUCACUUUCCCUUUUUUGUCUUUCUUUCUUUAUUUCUUUCUUUCUCUUUCUUUCUUCCUUUUUUUCUUUCUUUCUUUCUUUCUUUCUUUCUUUCUUUCUAUUUCAAUGUAUUUUAUCUAUCUGUCCCAAUCUUUCUAUAUCUACCUAUCCAUAUAUCUAUCAAUCCGACCUUACUUUUCUAUUUUCUUUUGCCCUAUUUUCUUUCUUUCUUUCUUUCUUUCUUUCUUUUUCAAUCUGACCCUGUCUUUCUAUUUCUCUUGUUCUAUCUAUCUAUCUAUCUCUAUCUAUCUAUCUAUCUGGCCUUACCUUUCUAUUUUCUUUUGCCCACUUUUCUUUAUUUCUAUUUCCCUCUAUCUUAUCUAUUUGCCCCUAUUUUUCUAUCUAUCUAUCUAUCUAUCUAUCUAUCUGACCUUACUUUUCCAUCACCUUUUUUGCCUCUUUUCUUUCUCUCUUUAUUUCUUCCAUGCCCAGAAUUUAGGGUGGUCUUUUCUGUCCGCCUUUUUUCGGCUCGUCUGCCUGCUAACACACGGGCGAAGACAUGGCGCGAAUCGGUUUGCCACAAGCUUGCACAAUACGCAUGCCCAGGCAGAAAACACGCCGUCGUCGGGACAGACGGUUACGCAGACCUUCAUCACCCUGAAACGCUCACAGAACAGAGCAGAACGUGUCGUCUGUUCAUAUCUAUCUAUCUAUCUAUCUAUCUAUUUAUUUCUAAGUCCGUUCAUAUCUAUAUAUGUAGCUAUCUAAUAUUUAUCUCUCUCGGUCUCUCUCUCUCGGUCUCUCUCUCUCCCUCCCUCUCUCUCUCUCUCUCUCCAAGUUUGUUCAUAUCUAUCUAUCUAUCUAUCUAUCUUUCUUUGUUUCUUUCUAAGUCUGUACAUAUCUAUCUACUUAUCUAUAUAUGUAGCUAUCUAACUCAGCCUAUCUGUCUCACUGUCUUUCUCUCUCUAAUCUGUUCAUAUCUAUCUAUCUAUCUAUCUAUCUAUCUUAAUAUUCCCGGCGUGGGGAGUGUCUUUCACCUUACCCACACAACCGGAUAA